AGAGCGCGCUCCGGCGUGGCCGAGGUUCCCAAGGCUACUGCAGCCACACUGCCAGCUGGGACAGAGCCACUUUGGGGUCAUUUUGUACAAGUUUUAUUGUUUGAGUGGCCCGGGUUGUGUGUUGGGGGGGUGGAAAUUGCUGACUCAGGAGUCAGCAAGGGGGAAGUUGGGCAAUGCGAGCUUUCCUAAAGAGCUCGGAGGGUUUUUUCCAGCUGAAAUCCGGCACCACCAGCAUCGGGAGCCACAGAGGGGCUGACAUCGUCCUGCAGUCCGCAGGGGUGGCAGCUCGCCAUGCAGCCCUGCAAUUCUCCGCCUCAGACAAGAGCUUCAUCCUUCAGGACUUCAACUCCCCCCACGGCACCUUUGUCAACGGGUGCCAGGUGCAGAACGCGGCCGUCAGGGUGAGCCCGGGGGAUGUGCUGAGCUUCGGCACCGCGGGAGCGUCCUUCGAGCUGCUGCUGGAUGGGGAUGUGCAGAUGUCCUGUCCCCCCCUGAAACGUCGCUUGGGGUGGAGCAGGCAGCUGCAGGUGGCUGCAGAGCCCAAACCCUGCCCUCCUGCAUCUCCUCUGUGCCUGCCCUCGCUGCAGGGGCAGCUUCCCCCCGACUCCCUGGGCACUGGGGCCCCCAGAGCCCCCGGCCGUGUGCCCCACCUGGUGCUGCCAAGGCGACCUGCCAGGGCCUGGGACAGGAGCACGGCCCCUGCCACCUCUCUGGACACCUUCAGCAGGACCUCUGCAGCCAGCCCAGUGUCAGCCAGCUGCUCAGGUGAUGGUGCAAGAGGUGUGAGGGGAGCCCCUUCCCUGGUGGAUCUCCAGGGGGAGAAGCUACCAGAGAAGGAAAUGGGUCACCUUUUUGGUUUGGAAACAGAGCUCAAGGGGAAGGACGUGGUGAUAAGAGACCUGCAGGAGGAGAUCGCAGCCAUGGCAAAGAAACUGGCCCAGGCAGCAGUGAGGAACGAGGCUGAGCUGACCCAGAAGCUGCUCACCUUCAACAGAGAGCUGGGAGCCCAAACAGAGGAGAUCAAAACCCUGAGGGAACAGAUCAGUGACCUGCACAAAGGCUCAAACCAGGUUUUCAGCCGUUCCCUCCAUGAAAGAGACCUGGAGAUCGGGAGGCUGCGGAGAGAAAGUGAGAAGUUGAAGAGGGAUCAGGCUUUGACUGCAGGUCUGAUGAGCAACAUGCAAAGGGAACUCCGGCAAAAGGAGCAGAAAAUCCAGCAGCUCCAGCAAGAGACUGAAAAACUGAAUAAGGAAAAUCGAGAGAAGGACAAAGAGCUGGCCAUGGUUUCAAAGUGCUUGAGAAUUAAAGAAGAAGCAAAACAUGAAUUUGGAGAGCAAGAACUGAUCUCCUGCAGAAAAAGCAUUGAGGAGCUGGAGCGGGACCUGCAGGGGCUGCAGAGGGAGAUCCAGAAGCAUGAGAGUGUCCAAAAGCAACUGGCUGAGAAAGCCAAGGCAGAGGAGGAACUGAAGGCAGCCUGGUCCCAGCAGGCAAGGCAGCUGCAGGAGAUGGGGCACAGGGAGCUCCAGCUGAGAUCUGACGUGCAGCGAGCUGGGGAGCAGCUGGAGUCCUUCAAGAGCCAAGUGAUGCAAGCCUGUUCUCCAUCAGCAGCUGGCAGCACAGGGAAAGGUGUGACAGAGCAGCAGGUAAUAGAGAAGGUCAGGCAGAUCUCUGAUGAGAACCAGCAAAGUCAUGAGAGGGAGAAGAGUCUGCAGGAGGAGCUGAGCUCCAGGCUCACGAAGGAGAGGGAGGUGUCUGCAAACAUCGAGGUGCUCAAGAACUCCCUGCAGAAGCUCCAGGCUUGCCUGAGGAGCCCCUGCAGCAGCUCCAGCCUGCAAGGGGAGCUGGGGCAGCUGGAGUUGUUGUGCCUGGAUCCCUCCAUCUCAGCCAUCAGGACAGCAGUGGUGGACAUGGCCCGUGGUGUCCUGGCCUGGCUGGAGGGUGCAGAGCAGCUCCUGGACACAGCAGGGAUGGACCUGCACACCUCUGGCAAAGGGCUGCUGGCUGCUCUCAGGAGCUUGUUGGAGAAGAGUCAGGAGAUGGCACAGAGGAACCAGAUGCUGCAGGAGCAAUUAGAGAAGCUCCAGGAGCUGCAGGCAGAGCUGCUGCAGGAGCACACAAAGGAACUGGAAGCAAAACAUGAGCAAGACUUAGAGAUAAAAAUUCAACAAAUUAUCCUGGAAAAGGACAAGGAGAGCAGACAGAUUCUGGAGAGCGCUGUCACCGAGGAGAAGGACAGGUGCAAGAAAUCUGUGGAGGCAGAACAGAAGAAGAUCCAAGAGCUGGAAAGCCACCUAAGAAGCUUGGCUGAGGCAACAGCAAAGAAGGCAGAGGAGCAGGAACUGACAGAGGAAAAACUGAGAGAAGCUUUGCAUGAGCUGAAGAAAAUCGCUGCACAAGAGGCUGUGUUACAGCAGCAGGUGAUUCAGCAGGACCAAGAGCUCAGGGCUGUCCAGGAGGAAAAUGAGUUACAGAGGCACAAACUGCAAGAAGAAGUAGCAGGAUAUAGGGAGCAAAGCAGGCAGCAUUCCCUGACCAUCUUGGCUUUAGAGGACAGGCUGCUGGAGGCCACUCAGCAGCACAAGGUGCUGGAGGAGGAAAAGGCAGCACUUGUGGAAAAAUUGGAAGGACUUCAGUGUGAUGCCUACAGGUCAGCCUCAGGAGCCUGGCUGGGGAUUUGUCCUGCCAUGGAGUCUCAUGUCUGUCUGAGGAAGCUGCAGGAGGAGCUGGCAGUGGCACAGGGCACACUCCUGGAAAAGAAGGCAAUCAUCAGCAGGCUCACCAGGGAGCUGUCAGAAACCAGAGCCAGGAUGUCAGAUAUGCAAGGGGAGCUGAGUGAAGAGCAGAAGGUGGAGCUGGAGCACAGCCAGAGGCAGCUGAAACACCGGGAGGGGGAAGUGAAGCAGCUCAGGGAGAAGCUAUCCGAGAUGUCCAGCCUUGUGGAGGAGAAGGACCAAGCCCUGAAAGCAGCAGCUGAAGAGUUGAGCCAAGCCCAAAGGCGCUGCCUGGUGCUGAGGGAUGCUUCCCAACAAACACUGGAGAACCCAGAGGAUGCUGCCAGGACAGCGGUGCAGGAGCCACCAUCAGAGUUGGCUGAGCUUGGUGCCAAAUGCCGAGGCCUGAGGCACGAGGAAACGCUCCAGCGCCAGAAAGAAGGUUUGGCUGAGCUCCGGCAGAGAGUGAAGAUGCUGGAGAAGAGACAGGGCUCAGGUGCUGUGAAGAGCAAUUCAGUGCCACUGGUGAUCCAGAUGAAAGACUCACCAGAGAAAACAGUCCAGCAAAGAGGUCUUGAGCUGGAACCUGUACCUGUGAUGGGAGAAAAACUGAGGGCUGGCAAGGUUCCUGACCACGUUCCCAAUGGGGGCUCAUUCAGGAUCACCAACAGCACAGUGGAAAUGGCUGAGGUGACAGACUUGGGUGAGAAGACGUACCUUGAUGUAAUCGGUGCUCUGGGGAGCCUGGUGGAGAUGAAGGAGCUGUCAGGAAUGCAGCCUCUGCAGCACCUUCCUCAGGAGAGGAUGGCAGAAGUGGGACUGCAGAGACAGAACGCCCUGGAGCUGUUGUACAAAAAGAUCAGGAACCUCCAAGUUUGCCUGGAAAGGAAAGAAGAAAGGCUGAAAGAUUAUGAGGGAAGUGUGGAGCAGCUCAGGCAGAGCCAAGCUUCCCUGCAAAGGUGCCAGGAGGAGAUGUCCAGGCUGGAAGAUGAAGCCCACAGGGAGGCAGAGGAGAAGGCUCUGCUGAGAGAGGCUCUGGAGAGGAUGCAGCUGCAGCUGGACCAGGAGAAGGGGCUGCGGCAAGCGGCCAAACGGCACAAGCCUGGAGCCACAAAGCCUCUCUGCUCGGGCAAGCUGAAGGCCAAGGUGUGCAUGGCAAAUGCUGUCAAACCAGGAAGGUCAGGAGCAGCACCACAGAGACCUUCACUGGGUGCUGGCCUGCAGUAGGAGCAGCUCAUUGCUGUGCACUCUGUGAGGGGGGAGGUGGCAUGAGGUGUGAGUGCAUUUUGAGGAGCUCCAGUUUGUAUCCUGGACACACUGGUGUGACUGUACAGUGUAGGACUUUAUUUUCCCCCAGUGCAUGUCCCAUAGAGUGUUCCAGGAUGUAUAGCAGUGGAAAAGGUGGUGAGCAUAUAGUCCAGUGUACACGUGUGUGUAUUUGUGUGUGAUGUGUGAAGUCAGUUGUGGGGGUGUGUCCUGUCCUUGCUGAAGUGGCCUCAAGCACAUGAAGCCAACAUGACUUGAAAUACUCCUUGCAA